AUAUUCGCCUGUCAAAUCAUCUGAUUCAAAGUUAUCAAAACAAUAAAAAUUUCUUCGAAAUCUUCCACCGCCAGUUCAAUGCGGUACGAGACCCUUUACAAGAAAGACCCUUCGCAAGAAAAGGACCCUUUGAUCCGAAUUCUUCUUAAAACGAGGAGAAGGAGAGACUAUACUGACCGUUCGCCGGUUCUAAUCAACAUAUCGUAUCAUAACGAUUCAUUUUCUAGUAAAAUCCCGAUACCACGGACCAAGUACCGGUUUCUCUCUCCACUAAUAAAUGUGAUACAUAUCCAUUCAAGUAUGUUUGAUUUUUCCGUUCGCAAUUCCCUCCCAACCUCAUCACGAAAGGGAAAUCUGGACAAAAACAAUCCAGAAGUUUUCAAACUUUGGUUCGGCUUUGUGAGAGAAAGUCUCAUCUUUGCAUUCUCUGAACCGCCGGGUACGAUGAGAUCUAAGAUCUUACUAUCCAUCUAAUAUUGCAUACCAAACAAUACCUCAUUUCGUGAUCAUUGCACCUGCCUCCCCCUCUUCAUCUUUAUCAAUAAUACAGAGUAACCUAGCACAACUUAACAUCUGCCCUAUUAACUCCUUACUUACUUAGUUAUUGAUGUACGUAUUAAGCCACAGCAGAUAAAUACAUACAUACCUGCAUAAGCGCCUUUUCAGGGUCUCCGAUCACCGGAUCUUUAGCGUUCCUUUCAGGGGUAUAUUCAUCAACUACGGAGGUUAGUCAUCAGAGUUCAUCACCAACAUUUAUGGAUCCAUUGACGCGCGCACUAAAAUCUAAAGGACUCCGUAUAUUGAUUGUUUAUCCACAUACUAUGGGACACUGGCCCUGACUAGAAUAUUCGUUUGCAAGAGGGGUACAUGAAAUACGAAUAUUGGAGGAUCUCCGCUCUAUGAAAUAUGAAAAUUUCCAUAAAUUCGAGAAGGGGAAUUGUUCACCGCUAGAUUCGAGGAAUGUAGUAAAACUGUUACAGUUCACUACAGUGCCUAGGUGUUCACACCAACGUCGUGCUCUUACUUUACGUCUGUCGCCCUCCUUCAUCGACUAGAUCUUCAAAUCGAGACCACAAACCUCAAGCCGCGAGCUUACGCGCGCAUGUCAAAACGAUGUCCUUGCUCCCCACCUUUUUCCUUUCUCCUUCUUACUCGAGAAUCAUGAAUUCCGCCUUAAAAGCCAUGACCUUUGAGCCCAACCCCUUGCUCUAAGGCCUCCAUCUGGCUAUCCGCUUGAAACUCAUAUAAUUCAAAACGCUUUCCCUUGCGAAAUUUUUGAUAAAUUCUUUCGUCUCUUACCUUCAACCAGCACUCCUCCGUAGAACCUUCGUCCGAAAGGUACGAACACCGGACCUACCAAAACCCCCCCAGGGUACCAGAAUUCCAUCAAACUCCCACCCCACUGACUAUUGAAGGUUCUUUGAUAAGUUUACUUACCCCGAACGACCUUGCAUUGCGAAGAUGUUGAGGGAUCAUGCUUGCUCUCCGAUUUCUCUAUCCGCGAGACUCAUUCUCCGCGCGCACUGCGUAGCCCAUGAUCUUUCCAGAUCUCCACAUGUCCACCAGUCAACCCACAAAGAGACUACUGUCAAAUCUCGCCGGUCACAUAUCCUAGCAAUAGCCUCUUUUGACGAACGUUUGAUGGUUAAUGCUUGUUUGAUUAUUCGUUCAUGCCUCCUCAAAGCUCCACAGAAUCUACAAACGAGCAGAUCACGACUUCGACUCUCGCUUCACGCGGGCCCUAAAUAUUUCACCGAAGGUGGCGUAUUGUAAACUUUUGUCUCCAUGCAGUGGCCAUGCACCAAUGCAAGUUGAAAAUUCAUCAGCCGGCCAAGGGUUCUUGAUUGCUAUACUCCGUAUGUCUUGUGGCGUGAAGUCCAAAAUGUCGAUCUUUACACUGUUCAUUUAAGCCUUGAUCUUCAAAGUGCCCUGCGGCUACGUAUUUCAUAUAUCACAGUUUUUUGGGGCCGUGGAGAAAGAGUCUAGAUUAGAUUAAUUGCUUGGUAAGAGCUUUGUAAACUUGUAAUGAGGACUCGGUUGAGGGGCAGAUGAGGAAGUAACAAGCGAAUGUGAAUGUUUGUGAGCACCGAAUGCCGAAUGAGGUGUUGAGACAUUAUGCCUGUUUGAACGAUAUUUGGGGUGAAGUUCGGGAAUGAAACGUUGAUAGACGAGAGUGAUGGUGUCGACGUUGAUGUGGAGAGAAUUUGAUGUCUAACGGUUCUUGACAGUCAAGUGGGAAUUGGCGAAUGGAGUUGGACGUAGUUGGAUGUUGUAAACCCCUUCAUUUGUGUUUCUAUCCUCGAGAUAUCAGAUAUCAUCAACUCAUUCGUCGUAUAAUUUACCACUUUCGCAUUGUACAGAGUAUAAUAUUUCAUAAAUCUCCAUAAAUCUCCAUCAAGCUUCACAAAUUUGUAACCAUAAAUAGGUUAGGUUAAAUCCUGUGUAACCAUACUCUCCAUCCCACCCACACGUUUGAUUCUUCAUCUUGCCGCCAAAUGUAAGUCUUAUAUUCCACUCCAAACGUCUUCCCUGCACAUACACAUACGGAGUAUACUAUACUUCAAAAGUCCUCCCGUGAUCCCGACGAUACUUUGAUCAUUCCACCCCUCCUUGACCCCUCAUCCUUACCCUUCGCCACAUAUAACGUUAACGACCAUUUAAGGUUACCCAUACAUAUCCUAUCAGGCAUUUGAUAACCUUAACAAACUAUAAAAAACUCUCCAAAAACAUUAACCAAAAUGCCAUAGUCUUAAACAAAAAAACAAACAAAACUAAACUCGAAUAAUUAAACCGCGGAGAUUCGAGCCUUUCGAGGCGGUUCGUAAAAAUAUCACAUGAAUCAAUCCAUCAUCUUUGAAAUGAAGGAGAGGGAGGAUAAUAAAUCAAAAUCAGCUGAUUUUCUAGAAGAUGGCGUUUUAA